UAGCCUGAUGAUCUGCAUUUUGGUUUCAAAUAAACCAAAAGUAACAAUAAAAUAAAAAAACAUCAAACAGAUCCCACAGGUAUUUGAACUCUCCAAAAUUUUGUUGGGCAUCAUUAUAUACAUUUUUUUUUUUGUGAAUUUAUCAAAAAAAAUAGAAAUACAUUUUUCUGUUCUUGCCGGAAUUUGAAUGGCGGAGAAAUCUAAUGAAGAAAUAAGGCCUGAAAUAGAAGCAGAAGCAGCUGCCGUAGAGCAACCGAAAGAAAGCGGCAGUGGAGGAUGGGGCGGUUGGGGGUUUUCUCCAUUAUCUUAUCUCUCAGAUCUGCAGAAAGCCGCCACUGUUGCUGCCGAAGAGAUCUCUCGCAAUGCUGUUGAGGUAGCUAAGACAGCAGCAAAGGGCAUUACAGAUAUGCAAAUGCAAGCUGAAGAGUCCGAGUCUUCGAAGGAUGACGAAACAGAAGUAUCUGCAAAUGAAGAGGAAAGUGAAGAUGAGAAUGACAAGCGUCGUAAGUUGGCUUUGGUUAAACUGGAAAAAGCCAGUGAAGAUUCACUCCUUGGCCAGGGCCUGAAGGUUUUCGAUAACUCUGUAGAAUCUUUUACCUCUGGAGCUUGGCAGGCAUUAGGAAGUGCAUGGAAAGAGGGUGCUACUUUAGUCCACAAGCUCGAGAACAAUGCUUCAAAUCUUGCUGAAUCCAUUCAACAUGGCGGUCAACCUGGGGCGGCUGGCUCCAUAGUGCCGUCUUUUAUAGAGGAUGGCUUGCAGGAGUUGGAAUCAUUGUCUAACCAUUAUGUACUGCUAUAUAACCGAAGAAAAGCUAAGCUCUCAUCUGAACAAAAACCUCUGUGUGAUGAAAAGCUCAAAGAGGUCCAAUACAUAUUUGACUCGGGAGCUGAGCUUGAUGGAAGUGGCACGGAGUCAGAGAAAGGGAAGAAAGUGGAGGCUGGAACUGAUUACACCAUUGAUGAAAUGAAGAACUUACAUGAUUCAAGCAUUCGCAAGGCUGCUGAACUCGCUGCUGGUUUUACAAAUGCUUUGGCUGGACUAGCUCCAAAUGACAUAAUUCAAAGAACUGUUGGGAGACUUGAUUCUCUUCAAUCAGAGGGUGUUCAUAGACUUUCAGAAAUGUGCUGCUUUGCAAUGACUCAACUUCUGGUGCUUGGGAAAUCCAUGAUAUCUAAUGCAAACAAAAUUCAAGACCAAGAGAUCGAUGAGGACACUGUGAAGAUUGAUUGGCCCGAGGAUUCCGUUGAAAAAGCUAAGAUUAUCAGAACAAAGGUGCAAUCCAUGACUUUAAAUGUGGAAGCAGUUUCAAACAGUUUUAUUACAGGCAUAUCAGAUGUAGCAGAAGCAUAUUUAGCUGCCACCAAAAGUGUUGCUGUUGAUUCACAAGAACUCCCGGAGAAAUCGGUUCAGAAGAAGGCUGAUAUGUAUUCUGAAGGUCUUCGCACCGGUCAAAGUUCCGCCAUCGGGAAAAUUCAUGACGGGCUGCAAUAUUUGUCAUAUAUAGUUCUCUCUACUUCAAUAUCUGCUGCUUGAGAGUUGAAAAUAUUUAUCUGCAAGUUUUUAUCCACUGAUAGUUUAUCUUUACUAAUUUCUAUAUGUAAAUAUUGGUAGCAGCAUCAUUUGGUUUCUAUAUGAGACUGUUAUUUUUCAGGGAUUGAUUUUAUACUGUUUAAAUAACAUGAAUUUGACUGUUCACAUUUCCCUCUAUUUUUGUAAAGGGAAGAACACAGAUCUUUGUACCCCUCAUGAAACCUAUGUUCAUUUGCAUAAAAAUGCAUGGCAGAGGAUUUUUUUUA